CUCUCGACAGACGAGUCGCGCGAGGCGGUGCGACGCGAGGUGGCGAUUCAGCGCAUGCUGCCGGCGCACGAGCACGUGGCGGCGCUCGUGGGCGCGUACGAGGACGACCGCAACGUCUACCUCGUGCUGCAGUCAGUGCCGCCGCGCCGCGCGCGCGCUCCCUCCCGCUCCCCGCGUGCCCUUCCUUUCCGCUCACCGCGUUCCUCUCCCCGCUCGCGCCCCGCCCCCAAGCCUCUUUCGAAGCACUCGCGACUCGCAGCCAGCAGCCUCUUUUAGCGAGGCACAGCCCCGUUGCUGCUUUAGCCCGCUGGCGCGGCUCUCCCGUGUAACGCCCUGUGACCGUGAUGCCGCGUUCGUCGUGCGUGGUGCGGUGUGUGGCAGGGAGUGCGAGGGCGGCGAGCUCAUGGACCUCAUGAUGGCGUCCGGGGUGGGGCAUGCGGGCGAGGCGGCAGCGCGGCAUGUGGUGUGGCAGCUGCUGCACGCGCUGGCGCACUGCCACGCACACCUGGUGGUGCACCGCGACAUUAAACCCGAGAACGUUCUUCUCGCCAAGAGCAGCAGCAGCAGCAGCAGCAGUGCCCAUGACCUCCCCCACGUGAAGCUCAUAGACUUUGGCCUGGCGGCACUGCUGCCACCCCUGCCCCUCUCCGCCUGCCCUGUGCCCACCCCCGCUGCUGCAUGCCCUACUCCUGCCGCGCACGCGCACGGUGCCACAAGAGCCGCCGCGAGCAGGGCCCUGCACGUGGAACAGCAAGAGCAAGAGCAGCAGCAGCAGCCCCAACCAAACUCGAGCCUGCCCGCCACCCCCCUCGCCCCCGCGGCCACCCCCCCGUCCGCCCCCCCCCGCGAAACCUCCCUGUCUGCACUCCCCCCUGUGUGCGUGGCGCUGCCGCAGCUGCACGAGCCGCUAUGGGAGCUGCUGGGAUCGCAGGACUACCUCUCCCCGGACGUGCUGCGCGCCAAGUACGGCACGCCCACCGACCUCUUCUCCCUCGCCUCGCUGGCGUACCUGCUGCUGUGCGGCCGCCUGCCCUUCUCGCCUGUGCCGCGCUGCCUGCGCACCACCAUGCACGCUGUCGCCACGCAGCAAGCCGGGUUCACAGAGAGCGCGUGGGGGGUCGCGGGGGAGGCCGCGGGCGUGGGGAGGGAGGCGUGUGUGUCGGGCGAGGGGCGGCACGCGGUGCAGAGCCUGAUGGCCAAGGACUCUGCCCGUCGCCCCACCGCCGCCAUCAUGCUCUGCCACCCGUGGUUCCAUGAUCUGCACAGCCUGCCCGCACUGCUCACUGCCACGCCUGCUGCCAGUGCACCUGGCAGUGCGCCUGCAAGCCCUGCCACGCCCCUCGACCCCUGCGUGCCCUUGUGCCUGCUGCACGUGCUGGCGCUGCCUGCCGCGCUCAAGCACCACCUCCAGUCCCAGGCCUUGCAGCUGUAUAAGGACCAUGCGUGGGUGCACGUGUAUGCGGCGGUGCAGUGCCGGCACCUGCUGGGCGUGUGGCCGGGGGACAGCAGGCACGUGGAGCAGGGGGGCGAGAGCGAGAGCGUGUCCAUGUCGCACGUGCACAAGGUGCUCUCCCUCUGUGCGUGCAAGUCGCUAGCGGACUCCUUCCUCAAGCAGGUGGGCCACCACUCAUGCGCCUCUGCACUGCGCUCUACUUGUCCCUCUCGUGCCACCAUCUCUAUCCCUCUGCUAUGCACCUCAUUGAAUGCCAUGCCAUGCCAUGUCAAGGCUCUCGCGCAAGGCACACGGCUCAUCAGCUUGUCAUAUGUGGUGUGGGAUCGCGCCGCAGGCGCGCCGGGAAUGGCGGAACCGGGCGUGGCGUGGGGCGGCGAGAGGGACGGCUGGGGGCGCGAGAUUCCGCAUCGGGGGGAGCAGCAGCGCGCGGGGGGCGCGGAAGGGGAGCGCGAGGCGACGUUCGAGGAGCGCGUGGCGCGCAGCAUCCUGGUGGACGAGCUGUGCGGCGCCGUGACGCCCGCCGCGCUGCAGAGCGCGCUGGGGCAGUUCGGCACGGUGCGCAGCGUGCAGCUGGUGCCCAACCUGCUCGACCCGCGCCGCUCGUCCGGCUGCGCCAUCGUGGAGCUGCACUCGCGCCACCUCGCGCUCAAGGUGCGCGCGCAACAGCGCCUCCCGCUCUUCCUUCUCCCCUUCCCCGCACUCUCCCCUCUCCCCCUCACACCCCCGCCCGUUGCCUCCUAA